UUGGUAUAUUUGUUGAUUAGUUUGGGCAAAAACCGAUUUUAUGAUGGCACAAAAUUUAGUUCAUAUUUCUCCCCUUUGAUUCCAAUGGCUUCCUGCUUAUCACUUCCCCUUGUUACUGUUUAGUCGUCUGUCGUCACUUCAGGUUCAUUUGGCACUGCUGGGUCACAUUGAUACUAGCACAAGCCCUCGAUACAGAAGUCUUGCAGAUUGAAUAAUGCUGAAGCCUUCGAAUGGAACCGAUCUUUCCAUGUCUGCAAGUAAUCAACAUGUCAAUUCAAAUAAUACAACUCCCCCACCUGUUCAGGACAAAGUGCAGGAAGGUGAAGCUGGUGCUGGGAAUGAGAUUGCUGGAUACAUAUUCAUGUGCAAUGCUGAAACAAAACCUGAAUGCUUUGUGUACAGGGUUUUUGGUGUUCCAGCUUCAAGAAUUGGGGUUAUACAGAGAAUUAAGCCCAACACUAAGUUGUUCCUGUUUGAUUUUGAUGCGAAACUUCUUUAUGGGAUAUAUGUUGCUGAAUCUAGCGGAAAUUUGGCAAUAGAGCCAUAUGCUUUUGGGGGAAGGUUUCCUGCUCAGGUGAAGUUCACAAUUGCGAGGGACUGUUUACCUUUGCCAGAGCUGGCUUUUAAAGAUGCCAUAAAAGAAAACUAUUACAGUGUCUCCAAGUUCAAGCAAGAGCUUAAUGGUUGGCAAGUGAAUGAAUUGGUUUCACGAUUUCGCCCAAUCUUUGCACCAUCAUCACCAAAACAGUCAUCUCUGGCCUUUCACGGUGGUGUGGGAAAUCUGUAUCAUAAGUACAUGGAGCCAAGCCAACAAGUUACCAGUAAUGGAAGUGCACCAGAAGCUCCACAAGUUGCCUUAGCAAGGGGCUAUUUUGGACAAAAUCAAAUGACUGGGUUCACCAUGGCACCCCCAUCUUCUAUGCUACCACAAACUUUAAGUGCUUCUCAUUGGGUUGCCGUGGCUGCUAAAGCCCCGACUUCUGAAGGUCAAGUGAUGUCAUUACGGAACGAAUCGGGUGUCAGACAUGCACGUGUUUCAUACAAUAGUUCCGAUACAAGGGGAGUGGGCUAUGGACAUCAGAUUCAAGGAUAUCCUGAUUCUUCUAAAGCAGUAUCAGGGAUAACUGAUCAAGCUGUAAAUGGGAGACCCGUCCAUGCAUAUGAGACACACCCACAGUCUGCUUCUCCUCUAAUUCAAUCAGGGACUACUUAUCAAGGAGUCUACAACACGUCCAUGCCUGUCUAUGAAACGCAUUUGCAUCCUCCGAAUAGCUAUUAUACCCAGACUCAAGGUGUUUCAACAGUGCCUCAGACACCAAUACCUGGAAGCAAUGGUCUGAAUGUUGUUGAUUCUUAUUCGUAUUACAACAGCCAAGUCUUCCCUGCUCCCAUGAGUGUUGUCCAUGGUGAUGUACAUUUGUCUCAAACACAACCAUCAGUGAACAGUGGAGUGGGUGUUGAUAAUUCAUAUCAAUAUUACUAUGGUACCGACGCUGCAUCUUUGACUUACGACUAUGGGAAUCAAAUGUACUAUAGCGCCUAUCAACCAGCAGCGGUAACAAAUGUUCAAGACGUCAGUAGUAACCCUGCCCCUGUUCCUGUUCCUGGUUCCGAAAUGUACCAAACCUAUUGGACUGCACCUCCUGUUUAACUGAAUCUAGAGAUCUGACUCAGCUUACAUAUGUGCAUUACUUUUGCCUCUAUAAAAUCUAACCUAGUAUUCAUAGAUAGUUUUUGGGUUGAAAGAAAUAGUAUUCGAUCUGCAGGAAAGCAUUUGUUGCUGGCUCAAACUACAAACUAGUGACGGAAUUGCUUGCUUGUUACGUCAUUUUCAGCCUCUUGCUGAAUCCCAGUGUAGUUAAACUUAAUUUGAGAGAUUAUGGUAGUUAGAAAUUUAUGCAAUUUAGGUUUUGUUCCCAUAAAAGUUGCUCAUACUUUUACAUAUUGUACAUAUUUCGUGUGUGUAUCUAUGUGUUCUGUUAAGUUGUGCUGGUGCUUUGCACACACCAUGGCCUUUCAGAUCAUUUUUGUGCCUAAUUGAAACUCAACUCCUUUGUUUCCGACGCUAGAACAGUUGAUUUCAAACUUUUGUGUUAUUCGCUGUGUGAAGAUUCUUUAGAUACUUUUACUUUACCUCGCAUGUCAUUACUUAAAUGUCAAGUGGCUUCUGUUUAGACUCUAUACUCCGAUGUCUCACAAUUAUCGUCAAAUAUUAAGUUUAUUGAUCAUAAUAAAAU